AUGGAGCCCCAAUGGAAGACGCAGUCCUCCUCAUUCUGGAUGCUCUUUCUGGGGAUAUUUCUUCUGACAGAGACCCAGGCAGAGCUUCACAGCCUGGAGUUCCAGAUAACCGUGGUGGCGUCUCCUCGGAUCCCACCAGACAUCUUCUUCAAUGGCUUUUUGGAUGACCAUCUGAUUGUUUCCUACACUACCCCUAGUAAAGAUCUGAUCUUUAAGCUGGAUAGAGUCAAUGCGCCCAUGCAGAACUUUAUGGUCCAGCAUUACCGAGCAGAACUGUUAAAAUUAGAGACUGAGAUUGAUAAAAUCCUCCAGGACAGGACGCAGUAUUACAACUGGACUGAGGGGACCCACACAGGGCAGGUCUUUAUGAACUGUGAGACUGACAGAGGCAUCCUGGUGAAUAGUCACGUGGGUGUCGCCUUUGAUGGUGAAGAUGUGUGCCACCUGGAUAUGAAGGAAGAACGAUGGAUUGUCAUGAAGCCGGAGGAUGAGGACUUCUGUCCCUACCAGAAGGACCCCUUCUGGGCCAAGACAAUGCGAGGAGAUUGUCCCUUUUUCCUAAAGCUUCUCUUGCAAAUUGUGCAUAUGAAGGAAAAAACACCCCCCGAAGUGACUGUAUCCCGCUAUCACUCUCAAAAUGGCAGCCUCAUCUUCUCCUGCCUGGCCACGGGUUUCUACCCUCGCUCCAUCCUUCUGCGCUGGGAGAAGGAUGGCAAACUGGGCAUAUGGGGGGAGGAGAGCUCCAGUGGCACUCUGCCCAAUGCCGACUCCACUUACUACCUCCGUGUUACUUUGAAAUUGCCCCCAGAGGACCCAGGAAAAGGUUAUGCCUGCUUGAUUGAGCACAGUGAGCUGGAGAAGCCAACUGUAUACCCCGUGCCUGGAGAGACAACAAAAGGAAGCUCAUGGGCUGUGAUCCUGAGUUCCACAGCAGCUGCUAUCUUUGUGCUGAGUUUGUUGGCAGCUUUCAUCAUCCGGAAAAAGAAGAAGACAGGGAUGACCCCGCUAAGUCAGCUGGAGUGUUCUUUCCCACCUCUUUCUUCACCUGCUCUAUAACAGAAGACUGAGGGAAACUCUCACCGUAUAUUCUGAGCCAAGCGCGGUCACUGCUGGAUGCUUCCCCGUGUACUAAUGAUAGCAGUGACAGCUCAUGUUUCUCUGAUAUUUUACAGUUUAUAAAACAGUUCUUCGGUAGACGGCAGACUAUCUCAAGAAGC